CCAGGACAGAGAAAGCAGAGACUUUCCAAAGUUCACACGACAACCUGCUGGAUCUGUUGUAUCAACACUCAGGCUGACCUGUGGAUUUCCUUCACAAGAAGACUGGAAGUAAUGGUUUUCUCCAGCCUUACUCCUAUGCACGUAAAAUUAAAGUAGGAACGUAACCACCCUGAAAGAGAGUGGUUACAUCACCUCUAUCAACUUCCUCUAAUCUCACACAGUUGCAAAACUUUUGUGUGUCUGUAUUCUUGUGCACUCUUCCUUAGACACAUUAUUAAUGCCGUCAGAAGUCAUUGCCAAGGUAGUAGAGCCGACUGGAUCGGGCUCAGCUCCUGCCAGCAGUACCAAUGAAGCAACCCCAGGAGAUGUUGGUGGAGGAGGAAUCUAUUCUGCCAUCAUCAGCAGGAACUUGCCCAUUAUUGCUGGGAAAUCGAAAAACUUUGAACAGCUGCGUGACAAAUAUCUAGAGAAAAAAGUUCUUUUUGAGGAUCGGGACUUCCCACCGAAUGACAGUUCUCUGUUUUAUAGCCAGAAACUUCCUGUCAAGUUUGAAUGGAAACGCCCUCCAGAAAUAUGUGAAAAUCCGCAGUUUAUAAUAGGAGGAGCAAACAGGACGGAUAUCUGUCAAGGAGAUUUGGGUGACUGCUGGUUUUUGGCUGCUAUUGCUUGUUUAACCCUUAAUGAAAAAUUACUAUUUCGAGUAAUUCCUCCGGACCAGAAUUUCACAGAAAACUAUGCUGGGAUUUUCCAUUUUCAGUUUUGGCGCUAUGGAGAUUGGGUGGACGUGGUAAUCGACGAUUGCUUGCCGACAUUUAACAACCAGUUAGUCUUCACCAAGUCUUCUCAGCGGAAUGAAUUCUGGAGUGCACUCCUGGAGAAAGCCUAUGCCAAGUUACAUGGAUCCUACGAGGCUCUCAAGGGCGGAAACACCACAGAGGCUAUGGAAGACUUUACCGGGGGAGUGACCGAAUUUUAUGAGAUAAAAGAUGCUCCAAAAGACAUGUUCAAAAUCAUGAAAAAAGCCUUUGAGAGGGGGUCCCUCAUCGGAUGCUCAAUAGAUGAGAAAGAUUCCUUUUCCUAUGGGAUGGUGCCACCCUCAGAUAUAGGGGAAGCAUUGAAGAGAAUGAUUGAGGGUGUGGGUGACACACAGCCUAACAUGGAUGGCUUGGAGCCAAAGCCAUCAGUGGCAAUUGUCCCUGCACAGUUUGAGACUCGCAUGGCCAGUGGACUGGUGAAGGGCCAUGCUUAUUCUGUCACUGGAGUGGAAGAGACAGCAUUCAAGGGAGACAAAGUAAAGCUGGUGCGUCUAAGGAAUCCCUGGGGACAGGUAGAAUGGAAUGGAUCCUGGAGCGAUAACUCUAAGGAGUGGGCGAUUAUUGAUAAAUCUGAAAAGUCUCGUCUACAACACCAGAUAAAAGAAGAUGGCGAGUUUUGGAUGUCAUUUGAUGAUUUUAUGAAGAAUUUUACAAAGCUAGAAAUAUGCAAUCUGACAGCAGAUGCUCUAGAAGCAGACCAACUCCAGACGUGGACCGUGUCAGUGAAUGAGGGGCGGUGGGUCAGAGGCUGCUCUGCUGGAGGAUGCCGGAACUUUCCAGACACUUAUUGGACUAAUCCUCAGUAUCGUCUAAAGCUCCUAGAAGAAGACGAUGACCCUGAUGACAAUGAGGUCGUCUGUAGCUUCCUAGUGGCUUUAAUGCAGAAGAAUCGCAGAAAAGAUCGGAAAGCGGGAGCCAAUCUUUUCACUAUUGGUUUUGCUAUAUAUGAGGUUCCAAAAGAGAUGCAUAGUAAUAAGCAGCAUCUGCAAAAAGACUUCUUUCUGUACAAUGCAUCCAAGGAUAGGUGCAAGUCAUAUAUCAACAUGAGAGAGGUUUCCCAACGCUUUAGACUACCUCCCAGUGAAUAUGUCAUCAUCCCCUCCACUUAUGAACCUCACCAGGAAGGAGAUUUCAUCCUAAGAGUCUUCUCAGAAAAAAGAAAUGUCUCAGAAGAAGUUGAAAACAAGAUUGAAGCUGACCAACCCAGUAAAAAGAAAAAAGCUAAGCCUAUCAUCUUUGUAUCGGACAGAGCAAACAGCAAUAAGGAGUUGAGUGUGGACGAAGUGUCUGACGAAGAGAAGAAAAAAAAGACAGUGGAGCAAAAAGAGAAAAAAGAUAAGCGCUCUAGUAACAAUGAUAAAGAGACUGAAGAGGAAAAGCAUUUCAGGAAUAUAUUUCAGCAGAUUGCAGGGGAUGAUAUGGAGAUCAGUGCCGAUGAGCUGCAGUCUGUGUUGAACAAAGCUGUUGAGAAACACAAGAACCUGAAGUCUCAAGGUUUUACCCUGGAAUCGUGUCGCAGUAUGAUUGCUCUGAUGGAUACCGAUGGCUGCGGACGGCUAAACCUUCAGGAAUUCCACCAUCUUUGGAAGAAAAUCAAGCAGUGGCAGGUAAUAUUCCUACGUUAUGAUACAGAUCAAUCGGGAACAAUCAGUAGUUACGAAAUGCGCAAUGCUGUAAAUGAAGCAGGCUUUCACCUGAACAACCAGCUGUAUGACGUCAUCACAAUGCGUUACGCAAACAAGCACAUGAACAUUGACUUUGACAGUUUCAUCUGCUGCUUUGUUCGCCUGGAAGGAAUGUUUAGAGCAUUCCAUGCAUUUGACAAAGACGGUGAUGGCAUUAUAAAGCUCAAUGUGUUGGAGUGGCUACAGCUCACGAUGUACGCCUAGAAUCAACAUGAGAUACACCAACCUCUCUCAGCUCACAUUUCUUAACCACUCAUUCAAGAACUGACUCAGGAUCUCUCUGUUGGACAGAGCAAAUCUUUACCUCAUAGCUAUUACAUUUACGUCAAAACCAGUUUACGUCUUCACCUUUAGCAAUGUUCUGUCUAUGAGCACAGUUGAGGAGUUAUGCUACAGGUUAAAGUUCUGCAAUAUAAUGCUUAUGUGACCACCUGUAUAUGUCUCUAUAACCAGAUCUGUGUAUAUUAAUCAACAGAACGUAAGGCGUAUUUAGAGCAGCACUCUGAUCCACUGCUGUGUGCGCCCAUUCACAUUCGUCUACAUUAGGUUAUAUAAGGUGGAUCCACAUACAGCGUUUUUAGUUAAAAUGUCACUGCAGUUUUUCUGAUGCAGUUUACGGAGCUACAGCAAGGUGUGACAUCAAAAGGAAUUACAAAGAUAAAGAAAGAAUCAUUCUUCUACUUCCAGAUGAAUCUCAUUUGGGUUUGGCUCAAAUCAGAAAUCAGAAACUGCAGUGAUGUUUAUAUACCAUAUAUACUCGAGUAUAAGCAGUUUUUCAGUACAAUUUUUCGUGCUGAAAAUGCCCCCCCCCUCGGCUUAUACUCGAGUGGGAAAAAAAAAUACUGUUUGGGGGUGGGGGUGAGGGAGGGUUGGCCGGGCCAUCCAUCUUCGCUGCAGGGACCAUCCGACUAGUGAUGUUGCAUUGAUGCCGCCGCACAGGGACGUCCAUGCGCAGCAGACAUCCGUGACGUCAGGGACGUCCCAGCGCGGCGGUGUCAAUGCAGCGUCACUAGUCUGGGGCCGGAGCGGAGAAGAGGGCCUAGACCGGCUCACCCUCCCCACCGGAAUGUGGACGGUCCCUGCAGGACCGAGAGAACUGGGGAGGUGAGUAGCCAACGAGGGGGACCUAUAUGAUGAUGGAGGGGGCGGUCUGGAUGAUGGCAGGAGGGAUAUA